AUGCAAACAUUUGUCAAAAGAUCAAUUCGCAAUAUACCAAAAAUGGCCACUAGUGCUCACCAGAAUUUUGCAAAAUAUCUUGCAACUGACCAUAUGGCCAGUGACUUGGUUCCACUGGAUGCUUCUAAACUUCAGGUCACUCGUACCACUCAGCCAAAAUCCAAGCUUCCUAAGGAAAAGCUUGUUUUUGGUCAGUCUUUCACCGACCACAUGUUGACAGUUGAAUUCGACCAAGCAAGCGGUUGGGGCACCCCAGAGAUUAAGCCUUACGGCCCUCUUUCUUUGGAUCCUUCUGCUUGCGUUUUUCAUUAUGCAUUUGAGUUAUUUGAAGGUAUGAAGGCCUACAAAGACUCCCAAGGAAAAAUACGUCUGUUUAGACCCGACAUGAACAUGGCACGUUUCAACAAAUCCGCCGCUCGUAUAUGUCUUCCAACUGUUGACGGCGAGGAACUUAUCAAAUUAAUCAGCGAGUUGCUCAAACUUGAUCAAUCAUUUGUCCCCGAAGGAGAAGGCUACUCAUUGUACAUUAGACCCACAUUGAUCGGAACUUCAUCUGGACUUGGAGUAGGUGCCCCAGAUAAGGCCUUGCUCUACGUAAUUUGCUCCCCAGUGGGCCCUUACUACCCAACUGGAUACAAAGCUAUUUCAUUAGAGGCCACCGACUACGCCACUAGAGCUUGGCCAGGAGGUGUUGGUGACAAGAAACUGGGUGCCAACUACGCUCCGUGCAUUAAGCCUCAGCUGUCUGCAGCCAAGAAUGGUCAUCAACAGAACUUGUGGCUGUUUGGAGAAGAGAAGUUUAUCACCGAGGUUGGAACUAUGAACGUUUUCUUUGUGUUCAAGAAUGCAGACACUGGAAAGAAAGAACUUGUAACUGCUCCAUUAGAUGGAACUAUUUUGGAGGGUGUCACCAGAGACUCUAUAUUAAAAUUAGCUCGUGAUAGGCUGGACCCUAAUGAGUGGGAAGUUAACGAGAGAUAUUACACUGCCCACGAGGUUGCUGAAAAAGCUGAAAACGGUUUGCUAGUAGAGGCCUUUGGUUCAGGAACUGCUGCUGUCGUUGCUCCAAUCAAGAACAUUGCCUUUAACGGAAAGGAUUACGACGUGCCAUUGGUACCUGGUGAACAAUAUGGUGAGAUGGCCAAGACUGUUGCCGACUGGAUUGCUGACAUCCAAUACGGUGUUGUUGACAGUGAGUGGUCAAGAGUCAUAAAUUAG